AUGACGCAACAUCUGGUGGCGUGGGCCGAGAGAUUUCUCUCUGAUGAUACUGUCAAAGGAUGUUACUCGACACUGAAAUGCUUAUUGAGUGGAUCUAUUGAUGAUUUUGUUGAUGAUGUUGAUGUUGAAAAUGAAACAAUUGGGGAUGAUGAUGAUCAUGUUGUUGAUGGUGUUAUUGAAACAGAUUUGGGCCGGGAAAUUUUCGGGAUCAGGAAAACCCGAUCCCUGUUAGGAGGUGGGGACAAGGACGGUGAUAGGUUCUUAAAUAAAAUUGAUUCUUUCUUUAAGAAAAUAGGCUCUCAAGAUAUAGAAGUUAAUGCAACUACAAAACAUUUCACUGAUAAUGUUGAAGCUUCAAUUCCUGAACAACGUCCCCGUGAAGUGCCUAGAAUAGAAUCCAAAGAAGUUGAUACAUCUUCUUUGAAAGUCAAUAGUGGGAAGAAUUGUGCUUUCUUAACUCAUAUUGGAAAGGACCCUAAUUCAUCGCACAGAAUUGUUAUCAAAUCUUGCCAUGAUUUAACAAUUCAAGCGCAACACAUUGAGAAAUUAGUUGAGAAACAAACUUCUCAACAAGUUGCCAAAAAUCGUUUGUGGUUGAAGACUACAAUAGAUGCUGUCAAAUGGCUUACAUUUCAUGCUUGUGCAUUUAGAGGUUGUGAUGAAAGUCAUGAUUCUAAUAAUCAAGAAAAUAUUAUUGAAUUGAUAAAGCUCUUGGCAUCUUAUAAUGCAGAUGUGGCAGAUGUUGUAUGCAUUCUUGAGGAGAUUCAUGAAGCAAAAUUUUGCAUUAUAGUGGAUGAAGCUCGAGAUGAAUCAAAGAGGGAGCAAAUGGCCAUUGUUCUACGAUUUGUUGAUAAAGAUGGUUUUAUAAAGGAGCAUUUUUUUGACAUAGUUCAUGUAUCGGAUACAACAUCAGCAACUUUGAAAGAAGAAAUAUAUAUUGUCCUAUCUCAUCAUAAUCUCAGUGUACAAAAUAUUUGUGGUCAAGGCUAUGAUGGUGCUUGUAAUAUGCGUGGAGAGUGGACUGGGUUACCGGCCUUAUUUCUUCAUGACAAUCAUUUUACAUAUUAUGUUCAUUGCUUUGCUCAUCGACUCCAAUUAGCAUUGGUAGCAACAGCAAGAGAGGUUAUAGCCGUUGUCCAAUUUUUUUCUUAUCUGGAUCUCACAGUUAAUCUAUGUGGCUCUUCUUGUAAAAGGCAUGAUCAGUUGAAAGUUGCUCAAGCUGAAGAAAUUGUAGCAAAACUUGCCAUUAAUGAAGUUGAAACUGGUAAAGGAAAAAAUCAAGUUGGGACAUUUAAACGGGUUGGAGAUACUCGAUGGAGUUCUUACUUGGGAUUUAUUUCCAAUGCUGAUGGAGUUUAUGAUAAGAUUACAUCUUUAAAGUUUGUGUUUAUCUUACAUUUGAUGAGAGAUAAUAUGGGGACUACUGAUGAUCUUUGCCAAGUUUUGCAAUAUAUUCUUGAUAUGAGUGCUCGUUACACAUCUAGUAGAGGUCGUGCUUGUCACCAAAGAGAUCACAUUACUAUUGAGCAUCAUUUUUGGGUUGAUAUUUUUACAAUUACAUGUGAUCCUCAAUUGCAAGAAUUGAACAACAGAUUCAAAGAAGAUGUGAUGGAGUUGCUUAUUCUUAGCUCUGCUUUAGAUCCUAAGGAUGAUUACAAUUCGUUCAAAAUUGAAGAUAUAUGCAAGCUUGCAAAUCAAUUUUAUCCUAAUCACUUUAUAGAGCAAGAAAAAAUACAUUUGAAAUUCCAGUUGCAAAACUACGAGAUUGACAUCCUUAAACAUCCUAAGUUUUAG